AUGCCGGGCACGUCCUUGUCUGAAAAGGUUGUCUCCAGAAACGGAAAAUCAGGUAAAAAGUCAAGCAGCAUAAAAGAACAAGCCCCUGUAUAUGAGCCAAAUGUCCCAGAACCCACCUGCAGAGCGGAGCUUGUAAAGCACUGGAUACCGCUAACGUUUGAUGACAAAACAGCCAACAGAGUGCUGUGGAUCUCAGACGGUGGCUCUAAAGUCUGUCGAAGGACCCAAGAAAUCUGUCCCGUCCUGGAUCGACCUGAGAGAUACGAGUUCUCCCCACAGGUGCUGUGCAAAGAGGGGAUCUGGAACAUGAGGGCGUACUGGGAAGUAGAAUACUCCGGAUGGGUGUUCAUUGGGGUGACGUAUGAAGGAGCUCCGCGUAGAGCCGACUCUGAGCCGAGUGGCCUGGGAGAGAAUGAUGAGUCCUGGGGUCUGUGCUGGGCAGGCUCCUGUUACGAGGUCUGGGCUAAUGGUGUGAGCGAAGUGAUCAAGAAUGUUCCCAGUUGCCCUGUGAUCGGGGUGUAUGUGGACCAGCCUGCGGGGGUGAUCUGCUUUUAUAUGGUGAGUGGAGAAGGAGAGGACAAACAGGCCACGCUGCUGUACAGAUUCCAGACCCCCAUUGAGAAGAAGGUCCUCCCAGGCUUCUGGAUGGGGAUUCAGUCAGAGUGUAAACUUCUGAAAAACCUUUAA